CGCGCCUGGGCAGGCUGGGGUGCUCCAGCCAGUUCUGGGCCGGGCCUGCCCGGGCCCUGGGCCGCCAUGGAUGUGGAGGAGGCAUUCCAGGCUGUAGGAGAGAUGGGCAUCUACCAAGGGUAUCUGUGCUUCUUGCUGGCUGUCCUUCUGCAGCUCUACGUGGCCACAGAGGCCAUCCUCAUCGCACUGGUGGGGGCCACCCCAGCCUAUCAGUGGGACCUGGCUGAGAUCCUGUUGAACCAGAGCCUCAGCAACCAGUCAACAGGGGAGGUGCCAACGCUGGGGGACUGGCUCCUGACAGCCAACUUCAGUGAGGUCCACAAGCAUGUACACUUCAGCAGCAACUUCACCUCCAUCGCCUCCGAGUGGUUUUUAAUUGCCAACAGGUCUUACAAAGUCAGUGCUGCCAGCUCCUUCUUCUUCAGCGGUGUGUUUGUAGGUGUCAUCACUUUUGGUCAACUCUCAGAUCGCUUUGGAAGGAAAAAAGUCUAUCUCACAGGUUUUGCUCUUGACAUCAUAUUUGCUAUUGCAAAUGGAUUUUCCCCCACAUAUGAAUUCUUUGCAGUCACACGCUUCCUGGUAGGCUGGAUGAAUGGAGGGAUGUCUCUGGUGGCCUUUGUCCUGCUAAACGAAUGUUUGGGCACCGCCUACUGGGCACUUGCAGGUUCCAUCGGUGGUCUCUUCUUUGCAGUUGGCAUCGCCCAGUAUGCUUUGUUAGGGUACUUGAUCCGCUCCUGGAGGACCCUCGCCCUUCUGGUUAACCUGGAGGGAACUGUAGUCUUUCUCUUAUCAUUAUCCAUUCCGGAAUCACCCCGGUGGUUAUACUCCCAGGGCCGCCUCCGUGAAGCUGAUACAGCUCUAUACCUCAUAGCCAAGAGGAACCGUAAACACAAGUGCACGUUCACACUGACGCAUCCAAGGCAUCAUAGCUUUAAGGAAACCGGAAAUUUCCUGGACCUCUUCCGUCACCGGGUUCUCUUGUGGCACACCCUCACUCUGAUGUUUGUCUGGUUUGUAUGCAGCUUGGUGUAUUAUGGCUUAACCCUGAGCGCAGGUGAUCUCGGUGGAAAUAUUUAUGCCAAUCUGGCUUUGUCUGGCCUCAUAGAGAUUCCAUCUUACCCUCUCUGUAUCUACUUGAUUAAUAGAAAAUGGUUCGGUCGGAAGCGGACAUUGGCCAUGUUUCUGUGCCUAGGAGGGCUGGCUUGUCUUAUUGUCAUGUUUCUUCCAGAAAAGAAAGAAGCAGGGCUGUUUGCAGUGGUGAACAGCCGUUCCUUGUCUCUGCUGGGGAAGCUGACCAUCAGUGCUGCCUUCAAUGUUGCAUACAUCUAUACAUCAGAGCUCUACCCCACUGUCAUCAGGAAUGUUGGGCUUGGAACUUGUUCCAUGUUCUCCCGAGUUGGCGGGAUUAUUGCUCCUUUCAUCCCUUCACUGAAAAAUGUGCAGUGGUCUCUACCCUUCAUUGUUUUUGGAGCUACUGGCCUGACCUCUGGCCUCCUGAGUUUAUUAUUGCCAGAAACUCUUAACAGUCCUUUGAUGGAGACAUUCUCUGACCUCGGGGUGUAUUCCUAUCGAAGACUGGGUGAUGAAACUUUAUCUCUACAGACCUUGGAACCUCCACAGCAUGCUGACCAAGAGAACAUUGUGGGGUGUGAGAGUGAGGAAGAAGAGUUCUAUGAUGCAGAUGAAGAAACUCAGAUGAUCAAGUGAAAUGCCUGUUCUCUCUGAUAAGUAGAGGGUCAGGCUUUGUGCCUCUAAUUCAGGCAGGUUCUCCCAGAAAACUCGAGCACUUGUGGCAAAGGAA